GCCUCCUCCCGGGCUGCUGCCCCGGGCUCGGCUCCAGCGCCGGGAGAGGGGUCGGCGGAGCAGGGUUAUUCCCAGCACUGCAACUCUUCCAGCAUGUCUGACCCGAUAACACUCAAUGUUGGAGGAAAACUCUACACCACUUCCCUUUCCACGCUGACUAGCUUUCCAGACUCCAUGCUGGGAGCCAUGUUUAGUGGGAAGAUGCCAACCAAAAAGGAUAGCCAAGGCAACUGCUUCAUCGACAGGGAUGGCAAAGUCUUCCGUUACAUCCUGAACUUCUUGAGAACAUCCCACUUGGACCUCCCAGACGACUACCAGGAGAUGGGCUUGCUUCGGCGGGAGGCGGACUUUUACCAGAUCCAGCCGCUGAUUGAGGCUUUGCAGGAGAAGGAGGUGGAGCUGUCCAAAGCUGAGAAGAAUGCCAUGCUCAACAUCACCCUGGAUCAGAGGACGCAAACGGUUCAUUUUACCGUGCGAGAAGCUCCCCAGAUCUACAGCCUGUCAUCCUCCAACAUGGAAGUGUUCAAUGCCCACAUCUUUAGCACAUCAUGUCUGUUCCUGAAGCUCCUUGGCUCCAAACUUUACUACUGCUUCAAUGGCAAUCUCUCUUCGAUAUCCAGCUACCUGCAAGACCCCAAUCACUUGACCCUGGAUUGGGUGGCAACUGUGGAAGGUCUUCCAGAAGAGGAAUACACUAGACAGAACUUAAAGAGACUCUGGGUGGUGCCGGCUAAUAAGCAAAUUAAUAGUUUCCAGGUAUUUAUUGAAGAGGUGCUAAAAAUAGCUCUGAGCGAUGGCUUUUGUGUGGAUUCCUCCCACCCGCAUGCCUCAGAUUUCAUGAAUAAUAAGAUUAUUCGAUUAAUUCGGUACAAGUAGAAAGGGCCCAUUAUUAUGUUAACACCACAGAGGUAACUCAACACAGGUGAAGUGUUUCCUUAUAAGAACCACUUCAGGACACAGCCUAAUACAAAACUAUACUA